AUCGCGAACACAGGCAGCGCGCAGGGAGCGUCGACCAACGUCCACGCCUUCGCCGUCAUCGUGUCUCGCGAUCUCUAAGAGUCCUUUUCUCUUACCAUGUCUUGGGCUUCUGCUGCGUAUCCUCCCCCUCGCCGCUCGCGUUCUCGGUCUCCUUACCGCGCGGGAUAUCCGCCCAGAAUGGCGCCAGAUGCCGAUGCGUAUCGUCCUGAUUGGGACGCUUACGACUACGGGAGGGACAGAGCAUGGGUAGACUAUGAAAGAGACAGGGCUGCAUACGAUUACGGUCGGAGGGGCAGGAGUAGGAGUCCUCCGGCAGAUGAAGCUGGACGAAAGCGUCGCAGGUCGCUUUCUCCAUACGACCGGGCUAGGUUCGAGCCCAGACCUAGGUACGGGGAUGACUAUGACACGCAUUCACGCGCCUAUGAUUACACAUCGCGCGGUCCAUAUCCCCCGAACCCACAUGGCGGCUACAACCGUCGGGCUCCUCCAGACCCUCACACCUUCGACUACCCUGCCAGUCUAAAGCAAUAUGCGGAGUGGUUCCGAUACUUCUAUCCGCAGGAGGCUAUAGAAGAGGACAACGCGGACAAGGCCGCGGAGCAAGCAGCGGGCGACGGCAGUAAACCUCGUAAUGGGAUCAAGACGAGGUGGGAGAAGUACAAAAAGGAAUUUGCGUCUGUUCAGCUCCAACGCAUGUUCGAUCACCACAGAAAAUCUCCUUGGUUCGCAGAAAAAUACGAUCCCUCACCAGAGUAUGUUAACCUCCGUAAGCGGGUGAGGAAGGAAGGAUGGAGGGGCCGACUCAAUAUGUUCUUAAACGAUCUCGAAAUCGGUAAAUAUGAUCCUGAGUUGAAGGAACCGGAGCCAGUUCCUGCUUCGCCGGUCAAGGAGAAUACCUCGUCUGCCCCUGCUGAGAACGGUGCUGCACCGGACGCAGGAGACGCUUCCGGCAUGGCACCAGCUUCAGAAGAGCAUAAGGCUGAGGAUGAGGCACAGCUGGAAGGGGAUGACGAGGCUGGAGACAACAAUAAUGACCCUAGCAGGGCUGAGACUAAUGGCAAGCAGUCCAAUGACUUGAAGAAGUCAAACCGAGGGGAGGAAAUAUCCGUCCCUCCUGAGGACAAUCAAGUUAUGAUUCGGACGAUUCCGCCUGACAUUGGUCGUCUGAAGUUAGAAGAGGCAUGCGGAAAGGUUCCGGGCUUCGUGUACUUGGCUUUGGGUGAUCCUCUCCAGAAACGCAAUUACUAUCGCGCCGGCUGGCUCCGCUUCCGACAGGAUGCUGACAUGUCCACCGUCAUGUCUGAGCUGUCCGACAAGAAAAUCGAAGGCUUCAAGCUGCAUGUGACGCAUAAUGUGAAGCCGUUCGUAAAUAGGGUCCGUUACGCGCCAGAGGUGUCAAACAAGCCCGACAGACUUGAGAAGGAUUUGGCGAAUGCCAGAACACUUGCUGCUAAGUUGGAGCAGGAGUAUCUCGAAUUUCGAACAUGGCAGCCGCCUAAGCCUGAGCCAGCCGCGGGCGGCGACGCUGACAAUGUGAAAGCGAACGGUGAAGAUCGUGAUGCCACUAUGGCGGACACGAACGGCAGCUCGGAACAGGAAGAGGACCCUGAGCCAAAUGAGAAGGGAACGGAUGCUGUCGAGCGAAGGAUUGAGAAGGUGAUGGCAGACUUGGUUGGUCAAGGUCUUGUUGAUGCCAGUGACGAGAAAGUUUUGAAUGCAAAGAGGACUGUAAUUGCUUUGGAUUUGUAUCUUGCUUACCUUCGUGCUGCUUUCAACACGUGCUAUUAUUGCGCGGUUGUCACCGAUCAUGUCGAAGAGCUGCAUCGUAAGUGUAUAAAGCAUACGAGAAAGCCAAUGUCGAAGUCGCUCCUGGAAGAAAUUCGGGCGGCUGAGGCGGAGAAGGCCGAAAGGGAGAAGGAAGAGAACGUCAAAGAGGAGGAGGUAGAGGACAAUAAGGAGAAAGACAAGGAGACCGCCUCCAAAGACAAACCGGCUGAGAAUAGGGACUGGAAACGGAACGACGAGCGGUGGCUAGAAUGGUUGGAUUCGAAGGUGGCUUUACUGAUUAAUCGUGACGGCGUCGAUCCACGCGAUUAUGGAGGGAAGAGCUACGAAGAGGAGCUCUCACGAGCCACGGAACAGUAUAUAAAGCAAGAGGAUGAAGGCAAAUUUCGGUGUAAAACCUGCCAGAAGCUAUUCAAAGCGACGUCCUUCGUGGAGAAGCAUAUCGUGAACAAACAUCCAGAGCACGUGAAGAGUCUGGAAGAUAUUCCUUACUUCAACAACUUCGCGUUGGAUCCGCACCGGAUACAGCCCUUUUCUCACCCUCCUCCGGCUGUUGGCAACAGCCAGGGUCCGCCCCCUCAAGCCUAUGGUCUACAAGCCCCAGCUGCUGGCUAUCCUCCACCAGGGGAUUACGCCCGCGCUCCGCCGUAUUACAACGGAUAUUAUCCUCCACCCUACGCAGGCGCGCCGCCCUACUGGGACCAGUAUGCCUAUCCAUAUCCGCCACCUCCUGGUUACCCACCACGACGGGACGAAGGCACGAUUGCUCGACGUCUCAGUGAUCGUAUAAGCGGAUAUGCGCCCGGUUACGAUCCGGCAACAGAACCUCCGGUGAUCCCUGCAGGAGCGGGCUUGCCGGCGAAGCCCGCCCCUAUGUUGGAGCCCGGACCUGGUGGGAGGAGAGGCGGUCGCGCCAAUAGUGGGGGUGUACCCCCGCCUCCCCCGCCUGAUGCGAAGGAGGAUCCUCGCGCUGCCGCGGGGAGGAAGGUUAGCUACCAUGAUAUGGAUCUCGUCGCAGAAGGGGACGUCGAAUUGACUUACUGAACUCGCCGCACUGUUUCCACCCCUUGCUAGACGAAUAAUCAUUUGACUUCGCUGUACCUUUUGCUAUGCCAGCUGUUAUGUAUUGGGGAGAUGUGUCCUGCUGCAACGAG